AUUUGCAAAUAAAGCUGUUAUUAUUAUUAUUAUUGAUAGUACUACAAAUGUAUGCCUUAAGGUAUUUAAAUUUUAAAAAUACUUGCAUGCGCUAUUUCAAACAUGAUCAGAACGACGAAUCUUUUCAGAUUAGUUCUACGAAUAAGGUACGACGAUCCAACUGCAACAUUUCACCUAGGUGAAAAGUUUGGAGCCUACCCCGAGGAUGCCAAGCAACUGCUGGCCGUAGCUCGAUACUUAGAUCCGAAUGUCAUUGGAGUGUCUUUCCAUAUCGGUUCGAGCAGAGGACACAAUCCAGACCUAAAUGCAUUCCAUGGAGCCAUCAUAGCUGCAAGAACAGUUUUUGAUGAGGCUGAUGAUCUAGGAUUCCAUUUCACUCUGCUUGACAUCGGAGGAGGAUUCUGCGGUAAUAAGGGUGCUACUUUAUAUGAGGUCGGUGCAGUCAUCAAUGACGUUCUUGAUAGAUACUUCCCAGAGACAAAUAUUGAUGUGAUAGCAGAACCAGGACAGUAUUAUGUGAAUUCAGCAUUCACACUGAUCACGCAAGUUCACACUAAAAAAGUUCUCAAUGGGCAGGAAAUUGCAAGAAUGUAUUUUACGGAUGUUAGUGUUUACAAUUCGAUGAUUGACGUAGUUUUCAAGGUUCCCUUUGACAUGACUCCAGUGAAGAAUCGUAAGCCAAACUCUCGCAAACUGCCUAGCAUUGUUUGGGGGGCAACGUGUUGUAGCAAUGACAAGAUUUCUGGUGAUAUCAUCUACCUUCCAGAAUUGUAUAUUGGUGACUGGUUGAUGAUCCAUGAUAUUGGAGCAUAUUCCAUAUCAAUAUCCAGCGACUUUAAUGGAUUUCCAUUACCAAAUGUGCAUGCGUUCAUCAGGAAGGACGACUGGGUAUACCUGACGGAGAAAAUUGAACAGCCUGUCCCAAAGGAGAAAUUUGUAUUUGGAGACAGCACUGAUAAAUACCUACUAACAGGACUAACUCUGCCCAGUAGAUACACCACGAAUUACUUCUAGGUGCCUACCUGCAUUAGUAUUAAUAUAAAAUGUGAUAAAGUGACUAUCUGAAAACGUUAUACGAUACGGAUAUGUACAAGUAUUACAACUGUUCUGUUAACAAUUUUUAUUAUGCGAAUUAUAUUAUAAAAUAUUUAUUUUUAUUAUAGUGAACUAAUAUGAUUUUAUCAAAUAUAUUUACUUAAAAUAAGUUUUUGUUCUUUUUGACGUUUACAAAUCACGCGCCUGCAUUUCAUGUU